GCGGGCGCAGGACGAGGCGAGCCGAGCGGAGCCACACUCUGCGGCGGCAGCUCCAGACUUCCAGGUGAGAGGGACAGGUGGGGCCAAUGUGAGAGCUGGAGACCUGGAAGCUAAUCACGAUGCCCUUGCACUUGUCCAGCUCCUGCUUUCCAGUGCUUCUGAGAGGGAGACACAGCUGGCCUUGACCCCCCAUCACGUGGAUGGGAACAGCCACCAGUUAUGGAGAAGGAUACAGACCCAUCUCCCCAUGAUCCCUUCAGCAAAAAACCAAAGCCACCUCUGGACACAUGCCCCAGGGCCUCAGUCUCUAUGCAAAACCUGGUGAAUGGAGGUCUGCUCCAGACCCAGGAAGAAGCCAGCUCUGCAGGGGACAAUUUGAGGACUGGCAUUUGAAUCAGGAACCUAGCUUCAGGGACUCAUCCUCCCUCAUCUUCUGUCUUAUUCCCUCCCAAACAUUCCUAGGAGACUGCUUUCUUUAUUUCUAGAAAAACAGCACUGGGUCGGACAAUGUAGCUUCCCCAUUUGGAUACUGCUCUGUUGGGCAGCUGGAGUCCAGUGGCUGAUGUAAUUGACACACUGGGGAGCUGGAAGAGACGUGGCGGGGGACUGUGGGCAGAGAAAGGAGCUGUAGGGCCCCAGAAUGGCAGCCAAUGUCACAGACUCCUCCUGUCUGGACUCUACUGCAUUAAAAAUCACCGUCAGCGUGGUCCUCACGGUCCUCAUCCUCAUCACCAUUGCUGGCAACGUGGUGGUCUGCCUGGCUGUGGGCUUGAACCGCCGGCUCCGCAGCCUGACCAACUGCUUCAUUGUCUCCUUGGCCAUCACCGACCUUCUCCUUGGCCUCCUGGUGCUGCCCUUCUCAGCCUUCUACCAGCUGUCUUGCAGGUGGAGCUUCGGCAAGGUCUUCUGCGAUAUCUAUACCAGCCUGGAUGUCAUGCUGUGCACGGCUUCCAUCCUCAACCUCUUCAUGAUCAGCCUCGACCGGUACUGUGCCGUCACAGACCCUCUGCGCUACCCCGUGCUGAUCACCCCCCUCCGGGUCGCCAUCUCCCUGGUCUUAAUCUGGGUCAUCUCCAUCACCCUGUCCUUUCUGUCUAUCCACCUGGGGUGGAACAGCAGGAACGAGACCAGCACGGUCAUUCACACUGUCCCAAAGUGCAAAGUCCAGGUCAACUUGGUGUAUGGCUUGGUAGAUGGACUGGUCACCUUCUACCUGCCCCUGCUGGUCAUGUGCAUCACCUACUACCGCAUCUUCAAGAUCGCCCGUGACCAGGCCAAAAGGAUCCAUCAUGUCAGCUCUUGGAAGGCGGCCACCGUCAGGGAGCACAAAGCCACAGUGACACUGGCCGCGGUCAUGGGGGCCUUCAUUGUCUGCUGGUUCCCCUACUUCACUGUCUUUGUUUACCGUGGGCUGAGAGGGGAUAAUGACAUCAAUGAGGUCUUUGAAGACAUCGUGCUGUGGCUGGGCUAUGCCAACUCAGCCCUGAACCCCAUUCUGUACGCUGCACUGAACAGGGACUUCCGCACAGCCUACCAGCAGCUCUUCCGCUGUAGGCCCGCUGGCCACACCGCCCAUGAAAUGUCUCUGAGGUCCAACAGCUCUCAACUGUCCAGGAAUCAGAGCCGAGAACCCAGGCGUCAGGAGGAGAAACCCCUGAAGCUCCAGGUGUGGAGUGGGGCAGAGGUCACAGUCCCCAGGGGAACCACAGACAGGAAGCCAGCAUUGUCUUGCACCGUGUGCUCCAGCAACCUUCUGAGCUGCUACAAGAGCCUGUGGGGGCUUAGGUUCCACCACAGAAACAUGGGAGCCCCCUCAGAGGAGCAGCCAGGGGAGCCAGCGUGGGAGGAAGCGCUGAGGACACCACCCCAGGAAGUGGUGAGGACACUGCCCUCCGAGGCUGUCUAGACCCAGCCCGAGGACACUGAAGAUAUGCUCCCAGGCAUCAAGAUUUGACUCCUGGAGCCACUAAGGAGGCAGCGGUCCCCAGAGUGACAGAGGAUGCACCCUAGCCUGAGUCCAGGGUCCUCCAGAGCACAAAGCAGGUGUGGGAUUCUCGGGUCUAGAGGAUCAUGGUGAAACACCCUGUUCUAGCUUAACGUUCCUAGACAGAUGCUCAGGACUCCCCAGAGCCCGGGUCUGCCGAAUUCCAUGGUUCAAAGUUCAUGUUGAUGCUGACCCUGAGACAGGAGCAGAGACAGCAGGUCACGAGAGGGUGUGUGUGUGUGUGUGUGUGUGUGUGUGUGUGUGUGUGUCUAUAGCUUCUUGCCUCCUCGUGGGCUCUGCAGGAUGAAGGAAAGGAAAGGAAGAGGGGGCAGAGGAUGGAAGGGAAUUAGCCUUUAAUAAACACCUACUGUGUACCAGGAAUUCCACCUGCAUGAGCUCACCUAACCCUCAUCACAACCUUUGUGGUAAGGACCCCAGUCCCAACUUUACAGAGGUGGAAACUAGGCUGAAAGAAUACCGAAGACCAUUCAGUUAGAAAGUGUGUCUGGCACAGAGAAGGCCCUGGAAAAAUAGUUGUUGAAUUAAUAAACAAACGAAUGAAUGAAUGAACAGAAGGGAAGAUGAGCGUAAAGCCAGUCUCAAGCCCAUGCUCUUGACAUGACACUACACUGCCUCCUCUCAGGUGAGAGGUCCAGAUAUUUCCUUGACCCAGACCACCCUCCUUUUACCAGGAGUCUGGGGAGGGGAGCCCUUCACGCUGCAGUAUCGCCCUCUCUGGUGCUUUUAGUCAACGAGAGGUGUGGAGUAAACUUGCUGGGGAAUGUGCUGGGUGUCAGGGAGGAGAGGUUGAGGCUUACAUGGGGACUCAACAGACAACAGACAAUAGCAGGGAGUUGACCCCACAGUGCCCUCUGCUGGAAGCAUGACCUUGGGCACAGGAAUCCCUCUGAGCAGCUCUUAACUACUCCAUCCAAGGGGUGAGCACCCCUUUUCAAUUUUCAGAGUUGUUGAAGACACCCAAGGUGAUGGGGUAAUAACUGCCCCCCAGAGAGACGAGGGUGUCCAUGAACUGUCCUCUCUGACCACUGCCCUUCCCUGAGCCUACUCCCCCCUUGGGUCUUAAGACUCCCUCCUGGCUUCCCCUCCCAGCCCACCUAUACCUUUCCAAUCCCUCUUACACCUCUCCAGGGACAUUUGGAGACAUCGCUCCAUAUGGCCAUCAGAUAUGGCCAUGCCCCCAGGCUCGCUCCUGAGCCUUCUCUUCUCACUACAGUUCCUCUCCUUGUGUGAACUCCCCAUCCCCACUGGCUUUCUUCUUUUUAUUUGAUUAUCUCACAGCAACUUCAGCUACCAGGUCAUGCACAGAGCUGUUUUCAUGACUCAAAAUGCCCUUCCCACCCUUUUGGCCAUGAGAUCUCAGCUGAAAUAUCUCCUCCUUGAGGAAGUCUUUCUUGACCCUCCCUAUUAGGUCAGGGCCCCAGUACACACCCCCAGAAUUAUCUUUGGAAGUCAAUGAUAUGGUAGUAAUUAAGAAUCAUCUGUGUGAUUCUCUGAUCUCUCACUCUGUCUCCCCAACUCAGAAAGGCGUGGGUCCUGUUUCUGUUGAUCUUUGUGUGCCUAGCCUUUAGGAGAGUAUUUAGCACAUAGUAGGAGUUCAAGGGAAGGUAUGAUUUGCCCUGAUGGUACCUGAUGCUCAGUUUCUUGACUGGCUUCCUUCUGGAAGCCCCAAUUUCCUUGGUAGUCUUCCCAGAAAUAGGAGGCCCAUGGGUCUCUAGGUCACGGCCCAGUAGCUGGAGAUAUGAGACUGGUCUGGCUCCAACCCCAGGUGCCCAUGCACCACUGGCUGCUGCAGGAGCCUCCUUCAAGUCUGUCCCAAGUUGCCCCUGCCCUUCUGAAAUCUCCUAGAGCCUCUAGUGGCUGCAGAAGUGGGGCGUGUGCUGCCUAGAGAAGGAACAUCUGUGGUGGGUCCCCAAAUCCAUGUUCCAUGUUACCAUCGUGUUCCAAUAAAGCUAUCA